AUGGCUAGCUGUACAGAAGCUUCAAUGAAUUGGCACCAUUCCCGCUUUCGAUUAACUCAAAAUUUGGAGUCCUAUCAAUUAUUAUGGUUGGAUCAAAAUAUGACUGAACCACAAGAAAAUCUUGCUAUACAAAAAAAUCUACGAGGAGUUAUCAAUCAACUGAAAGUGUUUAAUAAAAUGAAAGAUUGCGAAGGGCACCUUCUAAAUCUAUCUUCUGCUGUUGAUGAGAAAGUAGUUUUAAUCAUAGCCGAUCAGCUCAGUCGUGAAUUCCUAGCAUUAGUUCAUGAUUUGAAACAACUCUGUGCUAUUUAUGUCUACUGUACGACUCUUGAGUGUAUCGACGAAUGGAAACGUCAGUUUUCAAAAAUCAGAGGCGUCUUCUACGACUCAGAAGAAAUGAUCAAUCGAAUAAAAAAAGAUCAAUAUCUACGUGAAAAAGUAGAUGAGAAAUCAAUUGGAAUCAGUAUUUAUAACCUGAACUACAAUGAAGGACUUGAACAAAGAAAUGCCAUGUUUAUGCACUUCCAAUUAUUCCUUGAAAUUAUUUUAAACAUGAAACCAACACCAGAGAAAACUAAAAAAGAACUUCUUGAUUUUCUUCGUGUAAUGUACCGCGAUAACGAUGAACAACUUCGUGUAAUCAAUGAAUUUGAUCGAAAUUACUCUAUGGAUCGAGCAGUUUGGUGGUACACUAAAUAUACAUUGUUCUAUAGCUUUCUUAACAAAGCUCUUCGCAAUCAUGAUUUCGAUAUUCUCACUGCUUUCCGAUUUUUCAUCAGAGACUUGUUCAAGCAACUAUCCGAUGAACACCAGAAAUAUCGGGGUACACUAACCAAGCCCAUCAUUCAAGUAUAUCGAGGCCAAGCCAUCAGUGAAGAAGAAUUAAAAUUAAUUAAGGACAAUGUGGGAGAAUAUAUUUCCAUGAACAGUUUUCUGUCGACAACGACAAGACGAGACAUAGGAGAACUUUUUGCAGAAUCAAGUACAACUGGUAUUGGUUCUGUAAAGCGUAUUUUGUUUGAGUUUCACAUUGAUUCACACAUGACGAACUCCAAACCAUUUGCAGAUAUACGACAUUUGAGUCAUUUUGCAGAGGAAGAUGAAGUGCUUAUCUGCUUGGGUACGAUUUUUCGAAUAAAAGAUAUGAACUUCAACGAUCAGCAAAAUCUUUGGAUUGCUAAAUUAGAAUUAUGUUCUUCAGAUGAUUUUGUUUUGAAAGAAAUAUUCGAACACGAGAAAACUUUAAUGCAACCGACACCUUCACUUCUUCAUCUUGGAAAAUUGUUGGGCAAUAUGGGUAGCUACGAAAAACAAAAAACUCUUAUACAACAAAUACUUAAUGAAUCAGAGGAUGCUUUAGAGAAAGAAAAUUGCUAUUUGCUCUUGGGUCAAAGCGCUCGCUUUCUAAAGGACUACGACAUGGCUCUUGAAAAUAAUUUCAAAUGUCUUGAAUUACAAGAGAAAGCUGGUGUAGAUGAUUUAUAUAUCGGACAAACGUAUAUUACAAUAGCCGAGGUUCAUUUUCUAAAACUUGAAUUCGAUUUAUCUUUGGAAUAUGCGAAAAAAUCUCUAAUACUGGUUCCUGAAGAUCAUCUGCUGCGUGCUAAUGCUUAUCGACUAAUGGGUAAAACUCAUUCAAAAAAAGCUGAAUAUGAGUUAUCAUUAGAUUGCUGCAAAAAAGCUUUGGAAGUACAACAGAAAACUAUGCCAAAAGAUGACAAAGACGUCGGCUUAACCUAUUAUUGGAUGGCAGUUGCAUAUGAAAAUAUGAAUAGUUACUCUAUGGCAUUGGAGUGUUUCAAUGAAUCAUUACGAAUUAGUCGAAAGACUUUGCCACCUACACAUGAGAACAUUCGAAUAUUUGAAGAACAUGUGAAACGCAUGGAAGCUAAAGCCAAUAUCAUUUAA